AAACAAAUUAUGAAAAUGUGUUUGUUUUCAGUGUUGUUGUUGUGUACGUGUGACCAACAACGGUAUGGAUCGUAAUUAUGGGAUAUUAUGAUUCCGGCGGGUACAGAGGAGGACCAUGUUGUUUACGGUGGCGCUGCUGGUGGUGACGCUGGUGACGGCGGCCUGGUUGUACUCCAAGUACUGUCAUAACUACUGGGCGGCACGCGGGGUGGUCACUAUACCAGGAUACAUUCCCUUCCUUGGCCACAGCCACAAGCUCUAUAGAACGUCCUACCCAAGAUGGCUGUACAUUGAUGAGGUAUACAAGAAUCUUGCUGAAUCUAAGUUCUGUGGGUACUACGAGCAACUUACACCCACUUUCAUGCUGAUGGACCCUGAACUAGUAAAGACUAUCCUCAUUAAAGACUUUGAUCACUUUGUUGAUCGCCGGCACAUUCGUUUGACCUCAAAGAGGGACGGGGUGUUUACGGAAAUGCUGACAACCAUAAAUGGGGACCACUGGAAGGGCAUCCGCUCGGUGGUGUCCCCCACCUUCAGCUCCGGCAGGAUGAAGGGGAUAUUCCCUUUGGUGGCGCUGAAGGCUGAUGCUCUGGUAGAUUAUAUACACAGACAAAUAAAAAGCCACUCGGCUCUCCCACUUCAGAAAACCUUUGCUUUGUUUGCCCUGGAAGUCAUCUCGUCUUGUGCCUUUGGGAUGGAGACAAAUGCUUUUGAAUGUGGAGGAGAAACAACCUUUAAUGUUAUGGUGGAAAAACUAUUCGCUGUAUCUUUUUUCCGUAAGAUAAAGUUGUUUCUGUACCUGUUAUCUCCAAGGAUUACCUCAUUUUUUAAGAUCAGCUUGACCGCGCCUGAGAUAGUCUUCUUCGAGAACGUCAUUAUGGAGACAAUGAAGCAGAGAGAAAAAGGCGGAAAGCGCGGCGACUUCCUGGACCUGAUGAUGGAGGCUCGUGAGGACCAGAAGGACCCCAACUUGAAGGCCCCAAAAUACCCACUGAAGGACGCUACUAUUGUGGCCAACUCCAUAUUAUUCAUCCUAGCCGGGUACGAAACCACGGCCACCACCCUCUCCUUCGUCGCCUUCCUUCUGGCUCAGCACCCCGAGCAACAGCAGCGCCUGCGACAGGAACUGGAAAACAUUGUCAAGGAAUAUGGAACACUCACCUACCAAGGCAUCAUGGAGGCCAAGUUUCUCGAUGCUUGCAUAUCAGAGACAUCAAGGGUGCACCCCACGGCCCAUUACUUGGAGCGGAUGUGCACCAAAGACUACAACCUCCCAGGUACUGAUUUGAUCAUCCCAGAGAAGACCAUAGUAAGCAUCCCAAACUGGAGCCUCCACCAUGACCCUCAGUACUGGUCUGACCCAGAAGUCUUCAGGCCAGACCGAUUCCUGCCAGAGAACAAAGACAAAGUUAAGAGUGGUACUUAUCUUCCCUUCGGUCUUGGUCCGAGGAACUGUAUUGGAAUGCGGUUCGCCUUGAUGGAGACCAAGUUGGCGCUGGCGAAGACUUUCCUGGAGUUUGAGGUGAGCUGCGCACCUGGCCAAGAGCAGAUGGAGUUUGCUAAAGAAAUUAGAAUCAUGAAACCUUCACCAGACAUGAAAAUCGUCUUCAAGCCGUUGAUCAACUGUGAACAAGAACUGGCACGGAGAGACUGUGACUUCUCCCACACUGUUGCGAAGGAGGAGCAGUGAUGUAGAGGAGGAGGAACAGUGGUGUAGAGAAGGAGGAACAGCGGUGUAGAGAAGGAGGAACAGCGGUGUAGAGGAGGAGGAGCAGUGAUGUAGAGGAGGAGGAGCAGUGAUGUAGAGGAGGAGGAACAGUGGUGUAGAGAAGGAGAAGCAGUAGUGUAGAGGAGGAGGAACAGUGGUGUAGAGAAGGGGGAACAGUAGUGUAGAGAAGGAGGAACAGUAGUGUAGAGGAGGAGAAACACUGGUGUAGAGAAGGAGGAACAGUAGUGUAGAGGA